CCAACAGAAAGCUCCCUCUAUAAAUACAUUUCUUACUCCUUCCCCCCCUCAAAACUCAAAACCCCUUGCACUUGUCCUACUCAAAACCCACCAUCUUCACCUUCAUUUCUCGAACCAUCAUCGCAUAAUGACAGCUACCGUGAAAGAGGUUCUUCCACCAAUUUUGGAUUCUACUUCUCAACCACCUCCCCUCUUUGAUGGGACCACUAGGUUAUACACGAACUUACAGUGCCCCUUUGCACAGCGUGUUUGGAUUACCAGGAACUAUAAGGGAUUACAAGACAAGAUCAAACUUGUUCCUAUAGAUCUUGCUAAUAGACCCCCAUGGUAUAAGGAAAAAGUUUACCCUGAAAAUAAGGUUCCAUCCCUUGAACAUGACAACAAAAUCAUCGGAGAGAGCUUAGAUUUGGUGAAAUACUUAGAUACACAUUUUGAAGGGCCCACAUUACUACCAGAUGAGCCUGCUAAAAGAGAGUUUGCUGAAGAGCUAUUCAACUACACUGACACCUUCAACAAAACAGUGUUUUCUUCUUUUAAAGGAGAUGUAACAAAAGAAGCUGGGGUUGCUUUUGAUUACUUGGAAUCGGCUCUUGAGAAAUUCGAAGGUCCGUUUUUGCUCGGAGAAAUCAGUUUGGUGGACUUUGCUUAUAUUCCUUUCGUAGAAAGGUUUCAAUUAUUUUUACAAGAAGUAUACAAGUAUGAUGUUACUAUAGGCAGGCCAAAAUUAACAACAUGGAUAGAGGAACUGAACAAGAUCGAUGCCUAUACAGAGACAAAACCAGAUCCUGAAUAUGUUGUUAACUUUUAUAAAAAACGAUUUCUGGGUUAGUGAAGUUGAUGAUUUCCUUCUAUCCAAGAAAAUGGUGUUUAAUGUUAGAUUAUAUAAAUUAGGUUGAAUAAAAUCUGUUUGUUAUGUAUAAUAAUUGCACACUAGAGUGUGGAAUAUGUGGAAGGUUAUUUAUUGUCUUCGUUGGUUGAAUAUUAAUUUUAUAAGUAUUUCUGUUUGAAUAAAAGUUAUUAUGAUGAAACGUAC